GCUCUCGCCAUUGGUGGACAGCUAUCCUGGUUACCAACCAACACAACGCUGGGCACAUGAGAAAACAGAAAAAGCUCAAAAUUUCGAAGGUAGUGGCUAACAGAUUACCCUUUUACGUGGACUUGGUGAACAAACAGCACAGAUUUCAGGGAUACAUUUGAGGAGUGUUCGUCCCUCUUCAAAACUAUGGGAUAGGGUCAUGUGAGCAGCAGCAUCAUCAUCUGCACCCACACCAUGGAUAACGAGGAGAGUAAGACGUGCCAAGGAGAGAAGCUUGCCUCUGCUGUAGAUGACACUCUGGAUGAAUAUUUAAUCGCCCUCCAGCACAAAAACAGGGUCAUAAAGCGCCUUAAAGUCAAAGACCCCAGGGAGAUCGAGUUGGAACGGCUUGAGCAAGGUUUUUCAAUUUAUCUUAACGGAGCCAAUGCCGAAGCCAGUAGGAAGCAGCUCAAGGGCUAUAACCACAAGCCUGUCUCCUCACAAUCACCUUGGGGGACUCCACGUGCAGCAGAUGUCUGUAGAAGCGCCCACCAGCUAACUGAAGAUAGUAGUAAACUGGAGCAGACCAACAGGAAGCGGAGCCACACCGCCCCAGGAAAAGUCCAGAGGAAAGAAUGGGUGCAGGAUUCUGUUAAAAUUCGAACAGAGGAUGGACCAUGUUUGCAGAUCUCCCCAACAAAACGCUACUCUGAUGAUUUUGAGCCCUAUGAAAGUGUAGACAUGGAGAGCUCAAGUCCGCGCUCCCCUCGUAGUCCCUGCUGCCCGAGGAACACCUUCAAGGUGUCACACUCUUUCAACUCCAGGCCUGAGAGCCAAGGAGGCCAGCCAAACCAGGAGCAUAGCGAGAAGGUGCUUCUCAACCUUGAGGAAGUGAAGGUUUUGCGUCGGAGCCUGGAGGUUAGCAUGCGACGGAGCAGCCGUGGCUCAGCUGGGGAGGAGUCAGAUGAAGAGUGGGUCGAGGAGCAGAUUGAGAGGGAUGAGAGCACUGAGAGUCUGGAUGAACUGGGGCUGCCUCUCCCCUCCUCCAAGUCGUCCUGCAACAGCUCUCGGCCCAGCAGCUCCCAAAGCCAUUUUGACUCAGCAAACCUCAUUGUGCUGGACUUCGGACCGUCGCCUAAAGGUCGUAAGAUCGAGCGUUCUCUAUCUGUAAAAAGGAAAGAAAGUGUUGAGAGUUUUAUACCCACCAAACCUGUGCUGGUGAAGAGUAAGACAUUAGAUAGGCCACCUUCAAAAGAGAGCUGGGAAGGUCAGAGGCAGAGGAGUCAGGUGGAGAGGCCCCUUUCAGCAACCAGAAAGGCUUCUGUUGAGGAGCGAGACUCAGAGGAGGUUAUGAUUAAGGUUCGCCAGGCCAUACAGAAAGAAAACAACCCUGUCCAGAGUGCAGAGCUCUUCAGUCGACACAUGGCCAGGGGACAUCAGGUGAUGAAUGGUUUAGUGUGCCACGACACUCACGACAAGGAUGAGAACAAUGUGACUCUGGCCAUGCAGAGAAUCACACUCAUGGGCCCCAGGCAACAACAGAAAUUGCUCAAAGCCUUGGAGAAACUCGAAGAUGGACCUAGUUACAGCAUCCCCCAGAGUGUCAAAAUGGACUACAGCAAGCAGCCGAGAAGGCAGUCCUCGGCAGAGUACACACCUGCAUUGUAUGUUACCAUGGAGAUACUGUCAAACUGGGGGAGCGCUUUGCAGGUUGGGCUGACUGAGUUGCAGUUCUUCUGCCUCAGAAGCAAGAAGUUGUAUGUGUCGCCUCUUGACUUAGACAUCAGGAAUGUCGACUACCCUGGGAAUCUGGGGGCGCUUGUCAAUGGAAAAGUGAAGACCACCAAAGACCGUCACAUGUGGACGUGUCCAUUCCACCCACCCAUUCAACUGUACUUCAUCAUCAGGAACGCAGAGCGCUCUCCAGACUUUGGAAUAUCUUGUAUUAAAAUCUGGAACUACAACAGAAGCCUCAGCGAGCUCGACAUAGGUGCACGACAUAUAAAGCUGUACCUUAACAGCACAUUGGUGUUUGAAGGUGAGCUGGAGAAGGGCUGUGGCAACCAAAUCUUUGACUACAGCACCACAAUUAAUCUUCAGGAUUGCCAAGUCUCUGACUCGGUGUUUUCCAGCCCUGUGUCUUCAGGACACAGUCUUCGGGGGGCCAGUCCCCAUUGCUAUGAGGACAGGAAAGGUGGAGAGGGUAGCGGCUGCCAGAGGUACCAAAGUUCAAAUGUGCUGUCCAACACAGUAGGCCAGACUGUGGUAGACAUGCAGGAGAAAUCACAUACACCGCUACCACCUAUCAUUCCUUCUGUGGGUGUUACAUCCUCUACUCGUCGCUCCUCCACACAAAGGAACUCUUUUGACCUGUCUGCCUCAGCUGAGCCCCACUCUCUCAGGCAGCAGGUGGAACAGUCAGUACCCAUGGAGCAGACAGUCACCACGCAGCCAUCCUCUUCACGGGUUGCCCCGCAGUGGCUGCAACCUCUGAACAGAGGCCCUCCGGAGGGCUGUGAGACAAGCAGGGAGAGGCCGCUGUGGCUGGUACCUCAGCAUUCUGCAGAGACCAAACAACCACUGGCUUCAUCCGCUUCCAUGCUCCCGGAAUUGCCAUGUAACCCAGGCCGUGUGUGCAGAGGGGUGGAAAGGACAACAAAUGGGGUUCAGUGGAAGGCUGACUCUUUGGACCUGAGCUGCGACCUGCUGGAGGAGGUCGGAGAGCAAAAGCCAGACAGGCCCAUCAGUGGACGGAGGAGCUCGUUCAGAAACUCUGCAGUCAAUGCCAGGCAGACAGAGGAACAACUAAGAGCUACAGCACUUACAAACACCGAGGAGCCCAUGUCUUUAGUGAACACUAGCAGGAGGCAGAGUAACUCUCGGGCUCAGCUGCACAGCCAGCAGGAUGACACCCUCAUGGAGUCCUGGGAUUCACUCACUAAGUUCAACCAGUGUCAGCGUGGACGGAUCUCCAACAUGGGGUUUGAAGGUGACAUAUUUGACGAGUUCCUUCAGCGCCAGGGCCGUGGUCCCCCCCCAGUCCCAGCCAUCUCUUCUACAUCACCCCACAGUCCACUUUCCUCCUUAACCACUCAGGGGGCACUGUGUGAAGGCCCUGAUGAUGAUCCAUCCAUGGAGCGAGAAGAUGAGUUUGAGAUCCCAGUGUUACCUCAAGGCCAAAGACUGGUAAUCAAUAUCCUGUCCACCUGGGGGGAUCGUCACUAUGUGGGUCUCAACGGCCUGGAGGUGUUCAGCUCUAGUGGAGAGCCUCUCCGACCUGUUCAUAUCCGUGCUGACCCUCCAGACAUCAACAUUCUCCCAGCGUAUGGCAAGGAUCCACGCGUGGUCACUAACUUGAUCGAUGGCAUUAAUCGCACUCAGGAUGACAUGCAUCUUUGGCUAGCUCCGUUUACCCCUGGUUGCAGCCACACCAUUUUCAUGGACUUUGGUGCUCCGUACAAAGUGUCCAUGAUCCGCGUGUGGAACUACAACAAGUCGCGCAUCCACUCAUUCCGUGGUGUGAAAGAAGUAGAAAUGCUGCUGGACGGAAGGUGCAUUUUCAGAGGAGAGAUUGCCAAGGCUUCUGGAACCCUUUCCGGAGGACUGGAUCAGUUUGGGGACACUAUCCUGUUUACCACUGAUGAUGAGAUACUAGAGGCUAUGUCUCGUUACGAUGAAACCUUCCUCAGUGAAGGUGAAAGUCCUGAGAGCAUGGUGUAUGAGGAAGAGCUGCAGAGACCACGCACUGCUGAUGGAGAAGGAGAAGAAAGACCUUUUACACAGGCUGGUUUCAGAGAGGAGGACCUCACUCUGAAACUUCAACUCAACCUCACUAUGAGCCAAUCUGAGGAGAGUUUAGAUCAUAUUCCUGGGAUGUACACAGGAAAGUGCCUUAGACUGGAAAUGAUGCUGACUUGGGGUGACUCCCAUUACAUGGGCCUGACAGGACUGGAGAUUGUGGGGAAGGAUGGAGAGGCUGUACCUUUAGAUCUCAGUAUGAUGGCUGCUUCACCCAGGGACCUCAACGACCUACCUGAGUAUGCACAUGAUCUGCGCACACUUGAUAAACUUAUUGAUGGCCACAACGUUACCACUGAUGACCUGCACAUGUGGCUGAUUCCUUUCUCCUAUGGAGAGCCCCACAUCUUGACCAUUACCUUCACUAAGGCCCAGACCAUCGCUGGUCUCCGUUUCUGGAACUACAACAAAUCUCCCGAAGACUCUUACAGAGGGGUGAAACUGAUUCAUUUGUUCAUGGAUGAUGUUGCCAUCUCCCCAACGGAGGGCCUACUGAUCAGGAAAGGACCGGGCAAUUGUCACUUUGAUUUUGCCCAGGAGAUCCUCUUUGUCGACUUCCUCCAGACUCCAACUGAUAACAAGAGCAAUGAAGACUACCACAGAGGAAGCUCUAAGAAACAAGAGCAGCCAAGCAUGGACUAUGAAGCUCCCAUCAUGCCUUGUGGGUUCAUCUUUCAGCUGCAGCUGUUAACAACCUGGGGAGACCCAUACUACAUCGGUCUGAAUGGCCUUGAGUUUUACAAUCAGAACCAUGAGAAGAUCAGCCUCAGUGACAACAACAUUGCAGCUUUUCCAGACAGCGUGAAUGUGCUGGACAAUGUGAGUGGUGAUGUGAGGACUCCAGAUAAACUAAUAGAUGGAGUCAACUGCACCCAUGAUGGAAGACACAUGUGGUUAGCCCCGGUGCUUCCUGGACUGGUGAACCGUGUGUAUGUCAUCUUUGAUCAGCCGAUGACUGUGUCCAUGAUCAAGCUGUGGAACUACUCAAAGACGCCUCAGAGAGGAGUGAAAGAAUUUGGGUUGCUGGUGGAUGACCUCCUGGUGUAUAACGGCAUUUUGGACUGCGUAAAUCAAGUGGCACGAGGCAUCCUGCCUACUUGUGACCCAGCGGUGCCCUACCACACAAUCCUGUUCACAGAUGAUGUCUACAUUACCCACAGAGAGAGGAACACUGUCAUCAGCCCCCGUGGCAGCAGACGGCAUCAACAUAAUUAUGUGGAGGAUCAGGAUGUGAAGAUGACCAAUGAGAAUCAGAUAGUUUAUCACAAUAAGAAGAAGCAGACAGCAGACCCAGCUCUGCGGCCUAAAACCUGCAUGACUGAUGGCGGGAAACAUGGAAGGAGGAGAUACUGACUGACAUGGAUUCAGCGUUUGUAAAGUUUGAAGGACUGAAGGGAAGGACCCGUGGCUGACUUUUGAAAACCUCCAUUAAACCAAAUCCCAAAGCAGCCACCCAGCUGUGAUUUGUGACAGUAUUGUUCCAGUGUCUCACAUAGUCCACACUGAAGAGGACAAAGAUUAUAUAUCCACACAUAAACACGCAGGAUUCCACUUUAUGGUUGGAUUUCUCCCCUUUUCUUUGCUGUGAAACUGUGUCCACAGAUAUCCUGAACAUGUACUGUAUAGUUGUCCCUCCCUCAGUGCCAGGAGAAAACUUUUGAGGCUGCAUUUUAUCAGCCAUAUUAUUGUGCCUAGUACAAACACUAUAUCUGUGGCUGCUACUUGUGACUUGUGCUGCAUAACCCAAUGCUGCUUGUGGCGUGUACAUAAUCCAAAACCGGUAAGCUCCAAGGCCACAUGAAUACACAGUCCCAUCAGGAUGUGGCCGAUGCUAUUUUUAAUUAAUAUUAAUCACCAAUGAGCCUAGACGAUUAGAUCUUGGCCUAAGGGGUAUGAAAACACUCCCACCAGUGCACAAACCAAUCCUAAUGCUAUGCAGCCACUAGUUUAUAUCAAUAUUUAUAUCUCUUAUAUAUUUCAAAAGUGACUGGUUUUUUUUGGAAGUGCUUUCAGAGAGGUUUUUACCUUUUGAAAGAUUCAUAUUAUCGACUAAUGUGAUAACUGAAGUGCAGGAAUAUUGAGAACUGAAGCUACACAAAGCUUCAUGCUAACAAUUAGCUAUUUGGCUUCACAUAAUUGGGUCAGUUUGUUUUUCUGCUUAGCAUCAGGUAGAAAAGGCUUGUUUGCAAUCCAAGUGACCUUCAUUGAAGUUGCUAUGCACAUGCGGUAGACUUUUCUUUUUUGGAGGCAAACAUCUCCUGAUCAGUCUUAAUAAUUUGGCUGAAAAUUGGAGCAAUUUUCCACUUCAGAUUUUGAGUAGAUAACAGGCAACUUCUAAUAUGCAAAUAUUAAAACUUACCUCAAAUUGAGAAGAGUGGUUAUUUAAAAAGGGAUAAAUAGGAUUCUAUCUUCACUAUAACACUUUGUAGUCUGUGUUGUACUCUUCUUCAUUCAGUAUUCACUGUACUAACUUGUUGCAUGGAAACGUCUCCUCGGCAUUAGAGCAAUCUUUCUGUUUUUGGAGGUUUUCGCUGCGUCAUUGAGCCCCAGUAUAAACUGUUCUACAAUCCUUACAGCUGGGAAUAAUUGUAUAUGAAAUGCAGUUUUAUGUAUUUAAUUUCAUUAUGUCCAGCAGCAAUAAUACUCAUUACUCUGCAUCUCCAUUCUGCUCUGAGGAGUGGUGGACAUUAUUGUAGCUGUGACAUUUAGUGUUCUGAAAUAUUUAUUUUUCUAAUCUUGAUUAAAUAUGUAUAUUUGAUGUAGGUUUAUUGGAAUGAAUAAAAUCUAAAAUAGA